UCCCAGGGGCCUUGGCCCUCUGGCUCAGUCCUCCCAAUCCUCAUCCAGACUGUGCAGCCUGAACCCCCGUGGCCAGCACACUGUUUCUGGGGAAGAGUGUUCACAGGGGGUCAGCCCCAGGCUCCCUGCCCUGAGUGAGGUGGAGGACAGUCAGUCUGUGUUAAUGGAAGCAGUGAGGCCUAGACUGGGGCCAGGCUGGCCUAGGGCCUUGCAGAAGGCCUGUGACAGUUGAGUAAGAAGUCAGGCUCCUGCCUACCUCCUGGGCAAGGAAGGCAGGGCACUGAAGGUGACCAGGCCUCCCUUGGUAACCUGAGCAAGCCCAUCACCCAGCCUUUGAGGGGUCAACCCCAUCCCCCGGAGACUGGCUAGAUCGGUAUAAACUGUGGAAUCGUACUCAUAAUGACAAGCAAUGAACUUGACAUAUCUUAAAAGUUAACAUUGACUGGAAGUCAAGAAACAGAAUGAGACCCACGAGGUAAUUAAUACCCUCACGGAUACAUACCCACUUCCAAUUUUAUACAGAGACACAGAUGUUCAAAGACAUGUCUAAGGGUCAGGGUAAGGAUGAAGGUUAAAAAAACUUAAUUAUGAAAACGGCCUUGCACAAACCAGUGAUAAUGGUUGCUCUGAAAUGAGAAUCCAGUUCUCUGCAUUUAUAAAAACAAGUGUCUCCAGAAAAACUUCCCACUACACUAUUUGAUAAUGUCUCCAGUGCCAGGUCCACAGGCUGGCUGACUCCAUACAUUCUGCAUAAGAGGUCCCAGGCCCCCCCCCCCCCAAUUACAUCCCAUGACUGAUGGUUCUCCCUGCCUUCUGAUGACCCGAUGACCAGGAUCUUCCUUUUAAAAGGCACAUUUCUUGGGAUGGUGGGGAAGAGAGGUGAGCACAGGUCUUGUUGGAACUGAACUUUAACCAACACUGGCCGCACUGUCUGAAGGGCCUGGAUGUACCCCACAAGCCAGAGGGAACAAACCCCUACCCCUACAUCCACAAGCGCACACUCAAGCCUUGCCUCAGCCCCCUUCCAACAUCACACAGCCCACCCACAUACCCAAGCCCCUAUGGAGAGGCUGAGAGCCCAAGCCUGCAGGCCUGGCUGCUGAUGGAAUGCCUCCUGGGAGAGCAGCAGAGAAGGAGGCAUUGUUCCUUCCUGGGAAAACAUACCAGCUGAGGGAGGGGCCUGCUGUUCCCAGAGACCUCAGUGGGGGAUUUUAAGGGGGGUUGGGGGGACCCAGCCUAGACUCUGCCUUUUCCAGUAGCUUCCCCCAUGGCAGUGAAGGUGUGACAGAGGAAGGCAGACCAGGGGGAGCCAGUUAGGGGAGUCACAGGACCCCCGUGAUGGUCAGAGAUACAGAACAAAGAACAUAAAAUGAUGAUCGGGGGGAUUCCAUUUAAGUUCUAGAAAAGGCAUAAGUGAUCUAAAGUGAUUAAAAAGCAGAUCAGUGGUUAGGUGGGGAGGAGGGAGGGAGGAUUUGCUGAGAAGGGGCAGGGAGGAACUUUCAGGAAUGGUGGAAGCAGACCGCAGCAUGAUUGUGGUGGCUCUACACCCUGUGUGCAUUUGUCACAGCUUUUCAAGCUGGAUGCCUAAAAUCUGUGCAUUUGACUCUGUGUAAAUUAUAACUUAAAAAAAAGAAAAAAUAACACGUCAAGUCCUGGAAGGAGAGGUUGGGACCUGGAAGCUCUUCCUGGGGCUUCCUUGACCUGCGGUGUGACUGUGGGCAGAUUCACUGCUCUCUCUGAGCCUCCCUUCCCUUCAGCGCCACUGUGAGCCGUGGUUUCCUGAGGGAGACAGGGUGAGGAGCAUGCUGGUGGAUGAGUGGAGCAGUCAAGUAUGAAGCCACUGAUUGCCUGACGGAGACUGACAGCUUAACAGUCAGCCAGCCCUGAAGCACGCUGAGGGGGGCCUGACACUCCCUGGGGAAAUGACUGCAAGCAUUCCUAGGGGCUUGAGUAACCGGGCCGAGGCUGGCCAAGACAGCCCCCAUCAGCCAGGAGCCACCUCAUCCUCACCCACCCUUGUGCUCCUUGCUUCCUCUUCAUUCCAAGCAGGCCUCCCUGACUUGGUCCCAGACCCCAACUACGUGCAAGCAUCCACUUACGUCCAGAGAGCCCACCUGUACUCCCUGCGGUGUGCUGCGGAGGAGAAGUGCCUGGCCAGCACGGCCUACGGCCCCGAGGCCACCGACUACGACGUGCGCGUGCUGCUGCGUUUCCCCCAGCGCGUGAAGAACCAGGGCACAGCGGACUUCCUCCCGAACCGGCCGCGGCAUACGUGGGAGUGGCACAGCUGCCACCAGCACUACCACAGCAUGGACGAGUUCAGCCACUACGACCUGCUGGACGCAGCCACAGGCAAGAAGGUGGCCGAGGGCCACAAGGCCAGCUUCUGCCUGGAGGACAGCACCUGUGACUUCGGCAACCUCAAGCGCUAUGCCUGCACCUCUCACACACAGGGCCUGAGCCCAGGCUGCUACGACACAUACAACGCAGACAUCGAUUGCCAGUGGAUUGACAUCACCGAUGUACAACCCGGGAACUACAUCCUCAAGGUGCAUGUGAACCCAAAGUACAUCGUUUUGGAGUCUGACUUCACCAACAAUGUAGUGAGAUGCAACAUCCAUUAUACAGGUCGCUACGUUUCUACAACAAACUGCAAAAUCGUCCAAUCCUGAUCCCGGGGAGGUGUAUACAGCCGGCCCACCUCCUCACCUCCCAAAGCAGGCCCUGCUCCCCAGGCAGCCUCCCGCCAGGACGAGCCCGGCCAAGGGGCCCAGCCCCCACUCACAGGCAGGGGCAGCUGGACCGCGGGAGCAUCCUUCCCUGCCCGCCUCAGGGAGCGAACGGGGACCGAAACCACAGGGACUCCGGAUGCCAGGCCCCACUGUGUACUUAACUCUCCCCCACCACAUUAUUUUGUUGGUUGUUGGUUUUUAUUUUUUAUAUUUUGGCCAUACCACAGAGUAAGAUUGCCCAGGCCUGGGCUGAAUAAAACAAGGUUUUUCUAC